AUGGCAUCUGGACCCGAGCAAGGAUCAAGUUCCUAUGACUUUUCAGGUCAAGUGUCCAUCAUCCUGAAGUCCCACUGCCUCGGAGAUCAACAGAGGUGUGCUGGUUCCCAGGGCUUCCCCAGUCCCGAGGGAAAAAUAUUUUCCGUAGAAUUGAACACUAAUGUUAAAAGUAAAAAGGGGGUGGGGAAGAAAAAACCUAAAACCAAUGAAUGGGGUUUCUCUCCCCAGUUAGAGAGGAGAUGGCUCGUUUUCAGAAAGCAAAGGGGAGGGAAGGAGACAGAUGUUCCUCGACACCUACUGUGUGACAAACACCAACCACAGCUCUAUACAUCCCUGUGUUGGAAAGAGGAGGCAGCCAUCCCCAGCCCCCAACAGGGAAGGGUGGAAAACGCCGCACUGUGCAUGGACUCACAAGGAGGAUACAUAAUGUACAGCCGAAUCUGCAAUCUCCUAUUUUGUCAGCUGCUUGUGUUGAUUAAAACUUCAAUAAAGAUCCUGUGAUAAAACAGA